GGUUAAAAAUAGCCGGGUCAAGAGCCCUGGUUACAUAGUUGACACUUAUAAGAGCUGCUUCUGACUCCAGAUGCUUAUUUGACAGAGAACAGCCAGUCGGCUUCAUCUCCGCGUACAGCUGGAGUCUCUGCAAUAAUGGACAAAAACGCAGAGGUGUUAGUAUGCGGCGCUUCAAUUAUGAAGGAUGUCUGGGAAAUCAGACUGAGGGAGUAUCGGCAGAAACGGCAGCUGGAGGAGGAGAGGAUACAGAAGAGUGCCCUGGAAAGAAUCAAUCAGGAUUGGCAGGCGCGCAUGUCCUCCAAGAUAAAAACCCCUAAAAGACUGGAGAGAAAAGCAAAGCUUCCUGAAGAAUCGAGUCUUGAUGCGCACAAGGAUAAAAAAGCCCACCUUGGCAGGCCGCAAGGCUUCCAGAACAGUCAAAUUCAGAGGAAGCUGGACUGGACGAAAACAACCAAAGCUAACAAAUUGGCCUUGUUACGCCAUCUCAACGAAAGCUGCCCGGGGUUGAUGGUGUGGGCCAAAUCUUGGAAGUUCUCGCAACCUUUCCCGCAGCCUGAAGAAAGCCCAUGUGCAUUCGACUGGGGGCAAUCGUGGAAGUUUCUCAAUGUUCAGCCAAGCACUAAUGGUAAACCGUGGUUUGAUCUUGGGUUUGACGCCAACAACAGUAUGAGCUCCAAUGAUAUGUUUCUAUGGGAGAAACUGCGCAAAGUUUUAUCCUCUGAAUGCAUUCAACAAGACCUGGUCACUCCAGAAUGGGAAAACUCUUGGAUAUUCACUCAGAAAAGAAAAGAGUGUCAUGAAAACACAAAUAAAAGUGAUUGCAACAAAUUGACCAACUUGUGGGGUGAUCAAAAUGAGCAAAGCGCAUCAGACUGGAAAGAGUCAUGGAAGUCAACGAAGCCUGUAAGAGACGGAGAUGUUAAGUCUGAUUUAAUUCAACCCACAGCCAAUGAAGAAAAACAACCUGAACUAUCAUGGAAUAACAGUUGGAUGCACUUUAAGAAGCAGCUUCAUAUGAAGCCUAAAAGUACAAAUAAUUCAAGUUGGAGUGAAUCUUGGAGGGUUGCGAAAACCAUAUUAGAAACUGAGGCGAAAUCAAUCCAGUCUCAAGCAGUCGUGCCUGAGGAGGUGCAUCCCAACAUCUGCGAUGUGAUAAUGAGUGUGUCUAGAGAAAUGAACCACACAAUUCCAUUGAGGGAUGCACAGCUAUCCGAAUGGGAAAAAUCAUGGGUGACCAUCAAAAAUAUGUCGGAGUAUAAACAAGAGAUAAAUAAAGAGGUGGAAGUGAAGGUUGAGAUGUUGAAACCAGACGAUUUCAAGCAACCAAUUGAACAUGUGAAAUUCAACAUACUUGCUUUACCAAGAGGCCUAAAGAGGCAAGAGAUGCUUAACUUCUCUGAGCAAACAGACUGGAAGGAUUCUUGGAAGAUGUUGAAAUGCCAGCAUAGAGAAGAAAAAGCCUUGAGGAAACAGAGACCUUCACAAUUCACACAAACUCUCUCCGAAUGGGCUGAUUCUUGGAGGUUCACCAACUUAACUCUCAACCAACAUGAUGGUUUAUGGCAGCAAGGUUGGUCUGCCAAUACUCAACCCAGACUGAUGAGAAGAGUGCAAGAAAAUGAAGAUAACCCACAUAACGGACCAGCAGGGGUUCGCACCUGGGUUGAGUCCUGGAGGUCUACAAGACAUCAGCCUCUUCUGGAAAGACAAGCGGCUUGUGCAUCAACCCAGCCUGUAGGUCGACAUGCGUACGCAAGAUCUGUGGCAGACUGGGAGCAAUCGUGGAUGUCGUCAACUCAUCAGAGCCAUCAUGAUAGACCAUCCAUGAUUGCAUGGAAUGAUUCUUGGAGGUUUUCCAACUUAGAGGAUCUCCAACCUGAACAUGCAUGGUUUGAGAAAUCAAUGGAACUCAUCAGAGCAUCAAAUGCGUUUAGCAGAUCAUUCGAUUCUCUGACGUUCAAAGAACAAAAUCACUUGAAUGAGUGGAGUGACUCAUGGAGGGUUAAGAAGAGGUUUGAUGGUCCUGGAAUUAAGCACCUAAUGAAGAACGAAGUGUUAGAUUGGGAUAAUUCUUGGAUGUUCACCAGCACAGAGUUUUCUCAAAGACAAGAUGAAUGUUAUUCUGAUGUCAAGAACCAAUCAGUGCAAAUCGAAAGCAGGUCAGAGUGGGGUCGAUCAUGGAAGAUGUCAAACCCACAACCAACAAAGAACAUCGCCUCGUGGGUUGAUGCAAAGUCGAAGUCAUUCAGUGCACAAGACCUGAUUCUUUGGUCCAAACACAAACACAUCUAUUAUUUACCUUCUGCUUCGCCCACAGACUUGAAGCUGAAAAUCUGGGCCAAGUCCUGGAGGUUCGUGAAGAUAGAUCUUGGCGGGACGGAUGAGGAUGAAUUUGUGAUAAUAACAAAGACUACAAAGAUAAGAAAGGAAAUGUACUCUGAUAUAGAUGAGCAGAAGCCACAUAUGAAGAGAUGGAGCGAUGCAUGUAAAAUGGCGAAGACCCAAUCGCGAGCAAAGCGUAGCGUUAAAACCAAAUCUGGCAACGUGGAAGAUGAAGAUGAAGAAGUGUUUGCAGAAUGGAUGGAAUCUUGGAAACUCUCGAAUGAUUUAAAAACUCGUGAGCCUUCAGAAUUAUCUUUGAGAAACUGGAAAAACUCUUGGAAGUUUCUCCUUGAUCCAAGCGUACCAGUGAACGGCCCCAAAACUAGCAAGAGUCGGCAAUGAUUAUAGACUUUGCAGGUCAGGUUUGCAAGAGUAUGUCUUUCAUUUAAAAUAUAUAUGACAAGUUAUGUUUUUAAAACUUCUACAGAUUCAGCCCAGAAUAAAAUUGUGUGGCCUGUGCAGACAAUAACACUUUGUCUUAUUGUGUCCAAGUACAGCAAACCAUAACAACAUAUCAUUAUUUCUGAUGCAGUCACGCUGACAGCUGAGAACUGUGGCUCUAGUUUAACAGUUUCAAGGCACAUCAUUUAUUCUUUUUGUAGUCAUUGCACACAGAGUGCAUGCGGUUCAGCACUUCCUAGCAAAAACACGAAUGCAAUUGUUUAACUCUAGUACAAGUGUAUUAAAUUGGAAGGAGUGCAACAGCAGUUCUGCUGCAUGAUCACAUACUGCAAUAUUGAAAAUUGUAGUAAUACAGCAUGCAAUUGACUCAAUUGAAAUUGAAUUCUGCUUACUGCUUCAGAUGAGAAGUGUACUUUGCAAAAAGAAAAAGUAAAUCAAUAUGUGUGUGUAUAUAUAUAACAAAUAAAUAAAAGAUAUAAAAUAUAUUUAAAUAUUUAAAAAUAUAUAUAUAUAUAUAUGAUAUGAAGUUAUUUCUUAACUGUAAUAUAAAAUAUUAGCAUGCUUUUUUAUUCAGAAUAUUAAUAUAUCAUAAUAGAUCAGCAAUUCGUAUAAAUGCCAGUGAUUCUAGCUGUUAAUUUUGUUAUGAACCACACUUGCCCUCACAACUCAGGGUAUCCUACACUGCCACCUACUGGCAGUGAAAAACAAAACAUAUGCAUCAGCCCUUACUGACAAGCAUCUUAGCUACAGUUGAUUAAUUUUGUAAUUAGGCUGGACUUGUGAGCUCUAUAUAGCCCAGCUGAUCAUGUUGAUUGAAAUGUUCUUUACAAUUAUUUAUUUUGUAAAGUAUGAUUUUUUUUUUUUUUU